AUGAAGAUUUCCUGCGAGAUCUUACUCAUCAUCUUUGUGUGUUGUCUGAUCAGGAGCGUUUCUUCAGUCAAGUGUGGCUUUUCAGAAGAACUGGCCAGCAUUGGGCAGACAUUUGACUUGGCGGACAGCAAGAUCACCAUUGUUGGUUUCGAGGCAUCUGUGACCUACGCAUCCCUUCCUGCUGGAUAUACACCCUUUUUGACAGUUCUAGCUGCCAGCGAGGAACCCACGUUCUCUUCUGCGGAAGGCACCUUGACGAUCUCGGCUGGUGGCAGCUGUGAAACACUGGGUGGUGCAUUUCCACUGGAAGAUAGUUUCGACGAGGAACCUGCCGCCGGAGACAAAUCUGGUCCGUUGGAGGAACGCAAGGAAUACGAAGACAUUCAGGCUAGCGGGGCCUUUCAACUGAAACCUCGAUCAACCAUGAUUCUUUCAACGUUUGUGUCAUCGUGCUUCGUGCCCCGACCUUUCCGUGGCAUCCUUCUUGCUGCAUCCCUUUUGGCUUGCAUCUCAUCCGUGAAUGGUGAUGAAGAAGUUCCUGCUGCCGGUUGCAAGCCUUCAUUGGAAUUGCAAAUCAGCUUGCCAAUGGGGGCCGAGGUUGCCAGUUCCUUUGGCGAAACGGAUCACUUUCUAGAAGCCACACUUGACACCGUGACUUGGGGAUACUACGACCCCAAUGCAACGGCCAAAGUCACCAUGGAGUCGGGUGAGACCGUGACGGUUGAGGUCAUCACUCACCACUCGGGCCAUGACUAUGCCAAGAUGAUUCGAGGAGAUCCAAAUGUCGAAGAGAUCUUUUACUGGGAAAUGAACCAGACUUUGCUUGAUAAACCCGAACCAAAGCUACCGGGAAGCGGUGUGCAUCUCAUCACUGGGCCCAUUGAAGUCGUAGGAGCACAAGUCGGAGAUGUUGUUCAGGUGGACAUUCUAGAGUUGGAUCCUCGCUACAACCCAGUCACUGGACGAUGCUUUGGGACCAACAGCCAAAAGUUUGCCGGGUACCAGUUUCGGGCUGACGGAGGCACCAAACGCGAUGGCACUCCAUACGUGCGGACUGGAGGUACAGAGGCAAUAACCGUCUUUGAGUUUCUCGAGGACGAGGAUGGCACCAUGCUCUAUGGCAAGCCAGUUUACAUGUAUCGCUUCCCCAACAUGACAGCACCCGAUGGCUCCGAACGCACCUUUGACAACAAUCCUGCUGUUAUGGUCCCUCAUGAAUAUGAUCAAGGAUACGACGGAGAUCUCUUGUCGGAAGAUCCCAUCGAAUACCCUCCAGGAUUUGAUGACACUGUUGUCACGGACGAGGGUGGCAUUCUGUACCUGUCCCCCGAUCCAGCUGGGUUGAACUGGAAGGUGCCCCUUCGUCCCCACUUGGGUGUCCUUGGAGUCAUGCCCAAUAAUACGAUCAACUACAUUGAUGAAGACGCCCCGGGUGGUGCCAAUUCCAUUCCACCGUCUCGAUUUGGAGGCAACGUUGACGAUUGGCGCAUUGGCAAGGGUGGAACCAUGUACUACACGGUGGAAGUGCCCGGAGCCAUGAUUGUCGUGGGCGAUACUCAUGCUGCCCAAGGCGACUCCGAGUUGGCAGGGACUGCCAUGGAAACUUCCAUGACGGCGAAGCUACGUGUUACCCUGCACAAAAAGGACGAGCUCCCAGCUAUGGUGCAGGGUUUGAACUUUCCCUUGUUGGAAACCUCAACUGAGUUCGUGAUUCAUGGAUUUGCCUACAACAAUUAUCUGGAUCAGGUGGAGGAUCCAUCGAACGUUUUUGCGGAAGGUGCCUCGUUGGACUUGGCCAUGGAAGAUUGCUUCAUUAAGACUCGUAACUGGUUGAUGGACACGUAUGGCUUGAUCGAGGAGGAGACGAUUGCUCUGAUGGCGACAGCCGUGGAUUUUGGUGUUACCCAAGUAGUGGACGGGAACUGGGGCGUUCAUGCGGACAUUGACAAGUGGGUGUUUGACGAAUCGGACACACCAUACGAUUACAGCUGCACGACUUCCAAAUCGGGGCGUCGAGGCCGUGGUCGAAAGUUGAUGUCGGGGUCGAGCCGCCGUCGUGUGUUGGAGGAUCAUGACAUCUUGCUGAGUCCCGACCAAUACGCGGAUUCUCUGUAUGACCGCGUGACUUCCCAAUGCACUUCCUGUGAGACCCAUUGGAACCGUCGCCACUUGGCAGACGCCUUGUUGAAUGCGAAGAUCAAGUUUGUCCAGCGCCGCAUGUAG